CUUACGAAGGGGCAUUCCAACAGCUACAAUAAGGCCGUCAAGACAGAAACACCAUCUUGGGUCCAACUAUAUAAAAGAAGAAUAAACCAUCCCGCAACUACCGCAUUUUCUUUCCGGUCAACCAUCUCCAAAUCCAACAUCCCAAACUACCUCUACCAAAAUGUGCAUGAGCGCGACUUGCCCUACCUGCUCCAAGCAAGCGUGGCGUGGCUGCGGCUCCCACGUCCCCUCCGUCUUCGCGGGCGUCCCCGAAGACAAGUGGUGCACCUGCGAGCCCAAGGUCGAAGUCAACGGCGUUCAGUAUCCUCCUCAGGCGAAGUCUACGGGUUUUUUCAGCGGACUGAUGGGUGGUAAAUAAGCGGGAUGAUACCAUGGCGUUCAUGAACGACGGGGUCGAGAAAACUUGGGAUGAUGAUGGGAUGCUUUAAAUCGACAAUCAAACAUAACAAGACCACUGAUGUUCGGAACUAUUUGCCCGGCAUCGGCCUCGUCAUGAGGGGUCCGAGGGGGCCUUUGCACUUGCUGCCUUUCAUUGAUUGGUACAUUUUACUCAAGUUCUCGGCUUGCACUGGCCUGGCUUUCUCUAUCAAUGACUUUUGCUGACUCACCUAUCUUCUUAUUUUUCCUUGCUCCUCUUGCCUUAUCAUACUUGGCCGACAAAGCCUCAUCACCCAUCAGUGAUCAUCCAGGUUGACAAUCUCUUUCCACUCAACCAAACAAUGACGCCCUAAACCUCACCUUCUUCCCAUUCCCAUCCAUACCACAUCCUACCUCCCGGGUAUCUCCCGAUCCCCCUUAUCCUCAUCCCCUUUCUCCCCAUUUACACCACAACCACCCCCCUCCCUUCCCAUAACC